AUGAGUAGCCGCAUCUGUGUGGCGGUGCGCAAGCGCCCCAUACCAGACCCGGAGAUGGACAUCGUCGAGACGCCAACGCCACGGUGCAUCGUGAAUGAGCCCAAAAUAAAGUACGACCUCUCGCACUACACGGAUCGGCACACCUUUACGUUUGAUGAGGUCUUUGGGGAGAGCUGCAACAACGCUGGGGUGUACCAGCGCUGCUGCCUUCCACUUAUUGACACCGUCUUCAACCACGGCAACGCCACGUGUUUUGCCUACGGUCAGACCGGCUCUGGCAAGACGUACACAAUGCUGGGCUCACAGAAAGAGCCGGGACUGUACGCCAUUGCGGCUCGCGAGAUCUUUGCACGUGCCAACAACAUCAACGCCGUCGUCUACGUCUCCUUCUACGAAAUCUACGGCCGAAAAAUAUUUGACCUCCUCCACAACCGCCAGCGCCUUUUCGCGCGCGAAGAUGCGGACAAGGUGAUUAACAUUUGCGGCCUGAGCGAGCAUCAGGUGACGGACAUCCAGGAAAUUUUCGAUGUCAUUACAGCGGGCAGCGCAUACCGUGCGGCGGGCCAGACAAGCGCCAACGCUGAGAGUAGUCGCUCCCACGCAGUGCUGCAAGUGGAGGUACGGGAUACACGCGGCGGCAACGCGCGGCGUGCGCCCAAGACGAUCGGCCGUAUUUCCUUCAUCGACUUGGCGGGUAACGAACGUGGGGCCGACACGUUCGACUGCGACCGCAAGACUCGAAUGGAAGGUGCGGAGAUCAACAAGUCUCUUCUGGCGCUGAAGGAAUGCAUUCGGGCCUUGGGGAUGGGCAAGAGUCACGUGCCAUUCAGGGGGUCGAUCUUGACGGAGGUGCUGCGAGACUCUUUCACGGGUAACAGCCGCACCACCAUGAUCGCGACCAUUUCGCCGUCCUCGCAGCACUGCGUGAACACGCUCAACACACUGCGAUACACCCAGCGCGUGAAAGACCUUGGUGGCGGCGCUGGUGGUGGUGCGAAGAUUGAGCAAGUUGCCAGCAGCCCGCCCGGUCGCCGUCCCGCUGCACCGCGCAGAAAGCCCUUCGAGGCGCUUCCUGUAAAGAGCCGCCCAGAGUGGGUAACAGACUUUGCAUCUGACCGAUCACCGGACGUGUCCCCGUCAGAGAAUGCUGGCGGCGGCGGCGGCGAGAAUGACGGAGUUGCGGCGGCGGCGGCGCCACGGAACGUCUCCAAGCCCCGCGGCCGGCGUCCAUCAGUAGGCCGCAGCGGUGGUACGCCCCCGCCAGUCUCAGCAAUGGUGAAAGUAAAGGAUCCAAAAAUAGCGACGAUUGUGCAAAACCACAUCGCCGCCCUGGAGUCCGAAGAUGACGAUGACGACGGUGACGAUUACUGCGGCGACGACCCCCGCGCCGCGGAGGACGGUGGUGUGAUGCAGCGGGAAGAAGAGCGGCAGGUGCGCAAGGUGCAUGCCUACGUCGUGGAAGAGAUUGCCAAAGCUGAGGAUAAGUUGAUUGCGCUGCACCGCCGGCACAUAGACUCCAAGAUGACGGGUAUCAAGGAAGAGAUUACAGCAAUCCAGAGCUUUGAGGAAUCCGACUCGGUUGACGAGUACGUGGCGCGGGUGAGGGGACUGCUACUGAAGCAGCGGGACGACAUGAACGAGAUCUUGGUGAUGCUGAACGGCAUUGGGUCAAUGCUGCGUGAUGAGGAGGACCUCUCCAAAACACUCACAUCCAGCAUAGGUAUGCGGGGUCGAUGA